AUGCCAUCAUCAAAGAAAGAUCGGUGCGUGCCGGCGGAUCUGAGAAAACGUGCUCUGCAAAGUUGUGAUCGCUGCCGCAAGCGUCGAUGCAAAUGUGUCCGCGAUGACUCUUCAACAUCUUGCCAGUCAUGCCUUAAGAGUGGCUCCGCUUGCCUUUCCACCACGCCGAAGAGACCACGAUUCUAUGGAACAAUCGACGCGCUUAACCAGCGCUGCCAUGUUCUCGAGGCCAUAGUCCGGCAUGUCUGCCCUCAUGCUGAGUUCGAAACGACGCGUGACCUGCAUGCGCUCGCAAAGCGAAUUGGCUGUCCACUCAAUGAUGUUGUAUUAGAGGGUCCUGGGUGGGAAGAGCAGGGUUCAUUUGAACCUAUAUCGACCCAGAUCCAGACAAGAAAUGAAGACGGCCACGAAGCAAUUUCAAACCCGCAAGAAAAUGACCGCUUGCCGCUCUCGACCUCCCGCCUCCAGGAAAACCAAGGCCCAUCUUCUUCACGAUUUCACCCAGAGUCUAUCGAUUCCUCGAGACUGGUUUCCGACUCUAGUGGGGUGAUGCAUUAUAUUGGACCGUCUGGCAGUCUAUCAUUCUUCGCUCAACUUCGUGAUCUGAUACAACAAAGGCAACCGAAUGCUCGAUUUGCCAGUGACAAUGUUGCAGAGGCUCUGGAGGUUCGAAGACGAGCAAGCAAUCAACAUUCGCGCGAUGUAUCUCAGACGCGGAUUGCUGAACACGAAGUAACAAUUCCUGCAACAGCUCCGGGUAUGGAUCUGUACGCUUCCCUUCAGGAUAUCGGCUUGCGGACUCUGGAGGACUUCAUAGCCAUCUUCUUUACUAAGGUUCAUCCUAACUUCCCCAUUUUUAACCGGGCUAGCUUUCAGGAGGACCUUGAAGUAUUUCUCUCCUCGGCAAGGGUCUAUGCUGGAGAUGCUUGGGAAAUUGCUAAGCACAAUCCGGAGAAGCAAGGUCCCGACUCCGGCUGGCUGGUCUCUCUUCACAUGAUUGUCGCGUUCGCGACUCUCUAUCCUCGUCCGCCCGACGCCUUCCCGGGGGAUGUAGGUCAACAGAAUUCCACCCGGAUACGUAACAAUUGUCUGAAAACGGCCCGGUCUCAUCUGACAGCUUUAGCUGGUAAAUGUGUUCAAUCCAGCUUGGAGGCGCUUUUACUAUUGGCUUUGUUCCUUCACAACUUCAAGGAGAGGAAUAGCGCUUGGAUGAUUGUAGGCUCUGCGAUACGUAUAGCACUCGCUAUUGGUUUGCACAGAAACGAUACCAGCACAUCGUUCCGGCCUGUCGAGCGUGAAGCAAGAAAGAGACUUUGGUGCACGUUGUACGCUUUUGAGCAGUUUCUUUGCAUGUCUCUCGGACGACCCAGUGCCAUUGACGACCACGAAGUCGACGUUUCAACCCCAUGGGACGUGCUUCUUGACGGAUUAGCUCCACCUGCGUACAUGGAGCAAAGUCAUCAGCUUCAGCGUCUCUUGAGAAAGUGUCGGAGAAAUAUGCCGAAGCAUAUUCCCAAAACGUCCCAGGGUCAAAGGGUAAACGAAGAACUGCCCGUAGAUACUAUUACAACAGUAUCUAUCAUUGAGGACCUCCGAAAAUGGGAAACGCAAUUGCCGCACCAUCUCCGUCCUCCAAAUGCCAAAAAUAUUCCCCUACAGCAACUCUUGGGAGAGAUUCGAAAAUCUUAUUGUCGCUAUCAUCCUAGGGACCUAAGAGCUAUCGUUCUCUUCCACAUGCAGUAUCACAACAUUGCCAUUCUGGCUACACGCUCAAUUCUCUUGAAGGUAAUUGCACGUGGCGGAAGGCAUGAAAAAGAAACCACGACGUCUUCGAAUAACCCUUCUUCUGCUGUUUCACAGGAGGCUUUGUCUCACUACUGUGUCAGCUCAGCCAGUCACGUUGCUGCAAUGAUUAUCUUUCUCUUUGAAUCAGAGAACUUAGAGGGUAUGACGUGGCUUGACGUGUUCUAUGCUUAUUCUGCUGGGAUGGUGUUACUACUCCGUAUACUCUGGUGUCAUCAGUCACAGGCUACAGUCGAGCCACGGAUACACAGCUCUCUGGCGCAGAUGGAAAUGCUGGUUGGUCGACUUCGACAGGUGCUUCACCAGUUGCGGAAAUGUGGGACCAUGGAGAGACUCUCUCAUGUCUUGGAGGAGUUCGCAGAGGCUGUAAUGACGAAUUCUCGAGCGCGUAAUGGGCAACCAACUGCACAGGCCGAACAGCUUGGUGGUGAAGAGCAGGCGCCACCGCCCACCGAAGAAUCACGACUUUCCCAGCACGAGUUCGGCGACAUAGACACCCAGACGAGUCGGGCUGGUGAUGCAGCAAACUCUCUCGGAUACGAUCGUCAUGAAGCGGAAAACAGUCGUUUGGUUGGCAGCGUCAACCCCAGUCACAUUCCUUGGGACCCUGAGGCUGCUCAUGGACCUGUCCAUCUGAAUAGCGCUCCUGACAGCUCGGGACCAAUAGUUCAAAAUGACAUUCAUGGAUUGGCACGAACUGAGUGUCAGAUUCCGCCUGCGCCCGAAAUGAGCAUGGAUAUGAGUGAGGGCGAACUUCCGGCUCUCUCCCAGCGGAUGGAAUACGAUUUCUCACCCAACAGGGGAGGCGUGGGGCCAGUUGCAUCUAGACCAUUCUACUAUCCUGACUCAGGAAUGGAUCUCAGCUCUACAAAUGAAUCGCUCAUAUGGACAAAUCCAUUAGAGGCUCUCACCACUCAGAUGUCGGAUUGGAGGGACUUGGAGCACUAUUUAGGAAGCAUGGAGGACAAUUUCUGA